AUGCCAAAGACUUUGUGGGCACCUCGCCAGAAACAUGAUCUUGGUGACCUCCGCAGAAAAAUGUUGGACGCAACAGCCUCCAUCACUCCUGGAAAUUUUGAAUACACGUGGGUUGAGUGCAAUAUGAAUUUGGUCCGCGGCGGGUUCCAGCCGCGCCUUCCGACUUCGCUGCCGCCCCCAGGGCAGCAGCAGCAGUCUUCGCCACUACCACGCCGACAGCCCGUCCCGUUGAUGCCUCCCGCGCAGCUUCAUCCGGGAGCGCCCCAGGUGGUCGCUCCGGCGCCUGCGGUCCCUCUUCAGUCGCCACCGCCUUCGGAGCUGAUGGACGUCGACCCCUCAGCCGGGCCGCCUUCCCAAGCGGUGGCUGUGCAGCCUGUCCUGCAGCCGCUUUCCUUGGGCACCCCCAAGGAGUCUGACACCGCAGCGCCUUGUCCGGCGCCCACUCAGCAGCCGUCGACGCAGCGUCAGGAGACGCUGCCUCUCUUCGUGGGUCCCGACGCCCCGUCGCGUCCAGUACCAGAAGCUGCGCCCGUGGUCACAGUGGGCGAGGCAGUCCGCGGCUCUCCACAGUGGGAGCUCCGGGCUCCCGUCCAGCUGCGCGGCCCUCCCCCAGGGGUCGGCUACGCGCGUGCCUCGCUGGCCGUGGCGUCGAUAUCCAAUAAACGGCCCGCAGCGGCGGCCAGCCUCUCAAAGGCCCCCAAAUUGCGUUUGGCGCCGCUCGCCGCCGCUGCUCCACCUGGCCGCGGAUCGCUAGCCCCGUGGCGCACUCUGUAUGCUCUCUCUCCACCGCGCUCUCACAACCGUCUUCUUUCGUAG